AUGAUCAGACACAGUCUGGGGAAGAACAAAGAGGUACUACAAGCUGAACGACGAAGAAGAAUCGCUACUGCGCAAGACGAAGAACUAAAUUGGCGUAAAUUGAAGAAGAAUGUUCUAGGAGAAGCAGAUAAGCUCAUAUGUCGUGCUGCAAGAGACGCUCGGAAAACUGCUGGCCGAUUCAUUUUAACCAAUGCCAACGGACUGUAUAGUAUGCGCGCCAGCCUACAGAACCGAAAAGACGUUCAAGAAGAAUUGCGAUUGCGAUUAGUUGUGCCCGCAAUCAUGAUCCAAGCGGUCCUGCAGAAUAGUCACGUUUCACUCGAAGGAGGUCAUAAAGGCGUGACGUUUGAACCAGCAAACGCAGAUCACAAAUUCAGUGGUUACUCGCCAGACAACAUCCAAGCAGAGAAACCUUUCAGGAUAGUAUUCAUGACUUUUGUCAUCCCCCUGCCAAAAUUGCGGCAAGGAAACACGACACUGCUAUUAUUCCAAAGUGCCUUCAUAGGUUUUGGGAUAACGAAACCUAUGUCAGAUACGACAGCACUGCGAUUGGCACAAGCCUUCGAAGAGUACGUAUAUCGAAAAUUCCAAGCACCAUCGUUCAUACCGCACUACAGAGACCCUCGCUUCAUGAUCGAGAUCUCGCGUGACUUUGAGUUAGUGGCCACAAGCAAAUGGACAACUAGAAAGGUCUGUCAAGACAGUGAUGCAAUCGGUCAAGGUAUAUGCCGAAGAUCCAUUUCAGCAAGACUGGGACGAAAUCCUCAAUCACAUAGUGUUCACCAUCAAUACCUCUAUGGAUACAACAAGAAAUUAUACUCCUUUAUACCUAGUCCGUGGAUGGGACGCACAGUCAACCCUGAAGGCUAUGGCAACUUCGUCAAGACAAGAAACUGGGGAACAGUCUGA